AUGUUUAUUGGUAGACUUCAUGAAAACUACAAUCAGGGGCUGGCGCCCACGCUCUCCACGCUCGACGUCUCCCACCACCGGCUGCGCGCCAUCGACGGCCGCACCUUCGCCGACCUGCCGCAGCUGCAGACGCUCGACGUUUCGCGCGGACGCAUCACGCAGGUUUCAGAUGGCGCAUUCCAUGGGCUGGCGCGACUCCACCACCUUGUGCUGUCGGACAACUGGCUGACUUCUGUGCCGGUGGACGCGUUCCCAGCCAGCCUGCUGGAGCUGGACCUGUCGAGCAACCCACUGUCGCUGCCCACGGCUGGGCCCUUCCUGAGGGCGGAGGGCAUCACCACGCUCAACCUGUCGCACUGUGCCGUCACCUCUGUGGGCGGCGACGUCUUCUCACAGAUGCCGUCGCUCGUCCAGCUCGAUCUAAGGGGGAACCCCCUGAACCAGCUGUCGCCGUUGGCCUUCCUUGGGCUGCGCCAGCUCUUUGUGGACGAGGGCUCUUUGGGCGUCCAUGCAUAUGCUGUCAAGCAGGUCGUCCAGGAUGUGGUCGAAGUUCCCAGGAUAGGUGUGACCACGCUAGAAGACUUCACGCCAGAGCAGCAGCUACAUCAAGGUGAUCUCCUUGUGGAAGAUCCUCCCUCUGUGUAUGACGAUCCGGAAACCGACGCCUUCACCGAUAGGGCUUCAAAUGGCGCAGUGGGCUGGCAGAAAGACACCCCGGUCUUCAACGAUUUCUCGUCUCUGUUCGGACCGGUGCCGCAAGACGCGGCCGACUCUAACCUCUUCAAAGGGGCUCCGUUCCAGGCGACGGGCGAGGUGACCGUGGUGUACGCGGCGGACCUGAAGAACCUGAAGGACACGCUGCUGGUGCUGGCGGCGCUCGCCGUGCUGUGCUUCCUGCUGGCGGCCGUGCAGAGGGCGGUGGACGGCGCGCGCGCUCGCGCCGGCGCCAGGGCAGCUCGUGGCCGGCGGCGCUGCCUGCUCAACGCCUGCUUCAGGGCGGGUCGCGACCGCCAGCGCCCGCCCCAGCAGAGCCCGGACGACGGCGACUUCUUCUGGUGGGACACGGAGACCUCCUGGUCGGAGGCGGGGAAGCCCCGCAGCGGCGACCUGCCGCCCCCGUACCCCUACCCACCUACCUACGAGGACAGUCUCACCGUCACCGUCACUCCCAACUCCAACAGUGACGGGCAGGCAGACAGCGCGACCCACGUCUGGCACCAGCCCGCCAGCGUUCACCAGGCGAGAAGGCAACCUGACGCGGUCGACAACCCACGCGUGUCGCGCUCUGCUGACGCGUGA